CAGAACUACUUUUACAAAAUACUGAACAGAAAAUAUUUAUAAAUGUACAUAUCAAAAUUCUAAAAUGUCCGAAGACACAGCGCCAGAUGGGGGUGAAACAUUAGAAGUUCUACAAAUUACUGUUAAAAUAUCCGAACACGAACAAACAGCGCCGGAUGGGGGUGAACCAUUAGAACACGAACACGCAGCGCCGGAUGGAGGUGUAACAUUAGAACUUCUACAAAAUAUUGCACACCGUUUGCGUAUACAUGCAAUCACAGCAACAGAGAGCUCAAAAUCCGGUCACCCAACAUCAUGCUCUUCAAUCGCAGAAAUCUUAUCAAUAUUAUUUUUCAAAAUAUUGCGCCUGAAUAUGAAUGAACCUAGAGAUCCUGCUAGCGAUCGAUUGGUGCUAUCAAAAGGGCAUGCAGCUCCCAUCUUAUAUAGUGCUUGGGCUGAAGCAGGUCUAUUUCCAGUAGAGGAUCUAAAGAAGUUACGAAAAAUUGAUAGCGAUUUAGAAGGUCAUCCAACACCACGUUUAAAUUUUAUUGAUGUCGGCACUGGUUCUCUGGGACAAGGUGUUGCUAUUGGUGCUGGCAUGGCGUAUGUUGGAAAAAAUUUCGAUAAAUCUAAUUACAGAAUAUAUGUUAUUGUUGGAGAUGGAGAAUCUGCUGAAGGAUCUAUAUGGGAGUCACUACAUUUCGCAGCGCAUUAUAAACUUGAUAAUCUGUGUGUUAUAUUUGAUGUAAAUCGUUUGGGUCAAAGUGAUCCUACUUCUCUGCAGCACGAAAUGAACAUUUAUGAGGAUCGUUUAAAAGCAUUUGGAUUUAAUGCGAAAGUUGUUGACGGUCAUAAUUUAAAAGAAUUAAGUGAGGCAUUUAAUGAAGCAUCUAAUACAAACGACAAGCCAACAGCAAUUAUAGCAAAAACUUUUAAAGGCAAGUAUUUUAUGGAAAUUGAAGAUGCAGAAAACUGGCAUGGUAAACCACUCGGCAGUAAGGCUGAAGAAAUUAUACAGCAUCUUCAGAGUUUGAUAACCGAUAAAGACUUUAAGGCGCCUAAACCACUUUCAAAUGAAACGAUUACGCCUGUGCCGAAUGUAGACCACGAAAAAGUCUCACUAUGCCCACCUCCAGAAUACGAAAUGGGACAAGAGAUUGCAACACGUUUAGCGUAUGGCACAGCAUUAGCUAAACUUGCGAAAAAUAAUCCGUCUGUAAUUGCGCUUGAUGGUGAUACAAAAAAUUCCACUUUCUCUGAAAAAUUAAAACAAGAAUUUCCUGAACGUUUCAUCGAGUGCUACAUAGCAGAACAGAAUUUAGUCGGUGUAACAAUAGGUGCAACUUGUCGCAAUCGUACCAUCGCAUUUGGUUCUUCAUUUGCUGCAUUUCUAACACGUGCUUUUGACCAAUUUCGCAUGGGUGCCAUUUCUCAAACAAACGCCAAUUUCUGUGGUUCGCACUGUGGAAUUAGCAUUGGUGAAGAUGGACCAUCACAAAUGGGACUAGAAGAUAUUGCAAUGUUUAGGACAAUACCAGGCAGUACAAUAUUUUAUCCAAGUGAUGCUGUUAGCUGCGAACGCGCCGUAGAACUAGCUGCCAAGACAAAGGGUAUGUGCUUUAUACGCACAAGCCGUCCAAAUACACCGGUUAUUUAUAAAAAAAACGAAACGUUUGAAAUUGGUAAAGGCAAAAUUGUUAGAAAUUGUAAAGAUGAUUUAGCGCUAUUGAUCGGAGCUGGGGUUACUUUACAUGAGUGCCUAAAAGCAGCUGAAAAUUUAAGAAAUGAAAAUAUUUCAGUUCGAGUGCUAGAUCCAUAUCAAAUAAACUCUGUUAUCUCUCAGGCGCAUGAAGAUGCAUGUAAGGUUGAACCACGUACAUCCAGACGGGAUGUGCCAUGGUGGAACAAAAGGCUCGAAGAAAUGCGCAGGGAGGUUAGGAAGCUUUUUAAUUUAGCAAAGCGAUCAGGGGUGUGGGUCGACUAUAAAACAUCCUUGACUGCCUACAACAAUGAGAUUAGAAGAUCUAAACGGAAAUCAUGGAAAACUUUCUGUGACGGUGUUGACAACACUCCGCAAAUGGCUCGCCUUCAUAAAGUGUUGAGAAAGUCUCUUUCAAAUGACAUUGGUCUAUUGAAAAAGAAUGAUGGUCUCUACACAGCAAAUGGCAGGGAAACUUUACAACAUUUACUACAUGUGCACUUUCCAGGAUCGAUCUUAUGUGAUGCAUCCAUAGAUAGGCGCACGUUAAGUUAUGAACAACCAGACAAUCGUUUAAUGUCGCUAUCUGGUAUCAUUUUUGACAUUGAUAAAAUCAGAUGGGCAGUUAAUUCUUUCAGUCCUUUCAAGUCACCAGGAAGUGAUGGUAUCUUCCCGGCACUUAUACAAAACGGCAUAGACGUUCUUAUCAAUCCUUUAAAGGUGCUUUUUAGGGCUAGCCUUUGCUGGAAACAUAUACCUGAAGCUUGGAGAGAAGUGAAAGUGGUAUUUAUACCAAAAAAUGGUAAUAGACCAAGUGAUGACGCUAAAUCGUAUAGACCGAUUAGUCUCUCAUCCUUCCUCCUGAAAACUAUGGAAAGACUCAUAGAUAUCUAUAUUCGUACAGAACUGUCUAAAAGUCAACCUCUUCACAAAACUCAAUUCGCUUAUUCCAAAGGGAAAUCUACCGAAUUGGCCUUACAUAACUUGGCGAUGCUUCAAAGCAGAAAAAUUACAUCAACCUUAGGUAGAACGUCUGUAGCUGUUGAGGCCGCAAAAGGUUGCCCACAGGGUGGAGUACUGUCUCCUUUGCUCUGGUCAGUGGUUGUUGAUGAACUUUUAAUCUUGUUGGAGAAUAUUGGUUGUGACGCCAUUGGGUAUGCAGACGAUCUAGUUAUAAUAGUAUCUGGAAAGCAUGGUAGGAGUCUAUCAGAGAUAUUGGUAGGGCACCUUCGACGCAUUUUAGCGUGGUGCGAAAGUGAGGGUCUCUCCAUAAAUCCGGAGAAAACUGUUGUUGUGCCUUUCACACUCAAACGUAAACUAGACAUAGGUCCCGUACGUUUAGGAAACACUAAUAUUUCUCUUUCCAGUGAAACAAAGUACCUAGGUGUUGUCCUAGAUGGUAAACUCACUUGGAGUUCACACUUAAAUAAAGUAUAUAACAAAGCAUUAACGGCUUUAUGGACAAUACGGUCCUGUAUAGUGAAAAUGAAUUCCAACUUAGGAUGCAAAAUAGACAACUUUAAUAUAGGCGAUGUGGGCAAAAUAGAUCCUGAAUAA